UCAGCUUAUAUACAUUAGCACUUCCCAAUAUUCCUUCCCCUCCUCUACCUAUUGUUCUCUUCAAUUUGAAGCAAAUUAAUGGUCACCUUAAUUUCAUGGAAACGUAGCUGAAUCGAAUUGUGCGCACCCCUUAAAGAAUACAAAAAUGGAAAUGCGACGCCAGUUGGCGGUGGCUUCACCACCAUCUCGAAGUUUUGUUCAUGCUCAUCACAUACACAUGUUGGGAGGCUUUGUUGUUGGCAUUCUGUCAGUUUUGAUAGUGGCCUUGUUAUACUACUUGAUCAAGAAGAAGCUCCUACCAACUCUCAGGCAAAGACAAUUACUACAUGAGCAUGGACAGAAAGGAAAUUUGAAAGAAGAGAAAAUAACGUUGAGGCGCUUCCAGUUGGAUGAACUAGUGAAGGCUACUAAUAAUUUCAGCGGUGAGUGCUUGUUGGGUUCCGGUGGUUUUGCAAAUGUCUACAAGGGGACCUUUGAUGAUGCAGGAACCGUAGCCGUUAAGCGAGCCCACGCCGAUUCAUUUCAGAGUGUCGAAGAAUUCAGAAACGAAGUGAGGCUACUUUCUAAGGUCAAGCACAGAAACCUUGUAGGUUUGGUUGGAUAUUGUGAAGGAUCAUCUGGAGCAAAAGGAGGAAAAGUAUUGAUCUAUGAAUAUGUACCAAAUGGUUCUCUCCUUGAUUACUUUAUGGGAAGAAAAUGGAGGAGCUUAACUUGGAGGCAAAGAGUCAACAUAGCCAUUGGAGCAGCAAAAGGCAUUGCUCAUUUGCAUGAAGGAGUAAACCCGAGCAUAAUCCACCGUGAUAUAAAGCCGAGUAACAUCUUGAUAGGAGAUGGAUUUGAAGCCAAGGUUUCAGAUUUUGGACUUGUUAGGUCAGGGCCUACUGGGGAUCAAUCACAUGUCAGCAGCCAAAUCAAAGGAACUCCAGGAUACCUAGACCCUGCCUAUUGUUCAAGUUUCCAUUUGACACCGUUUAGCGAUGUCUAUAGCUUUGGUGUGAUACUUCUGCAGCUUAUUUCUUCCCGGCCUGCGGUUGAUUCAACAGGCCACCGCCCUAAGCAGCAUAUAAUUGACUGGGCAAGACCAAGCUUAGAGCAAGGCCGCGUUGAGCAGAUUUUAGAUGCAAAUCUUUUAACAGAGCCAUGUAACACUGAGAUGAUGCUAAAGAUGGGGAAACUUGGCCUAAGAUGUGUUGUGAAAGUGCCCAAAAACCGCCCUACCAUGUCGCAAGUGUUGAAAGAACUCGAAGAGGCCCUCGACUCUGCAGACAACUUCAUUAGCAAACAGCCUUCUGGGGGAUCUCGAAGAUCAACUGGCACGUUCCACCUACCAUCAGAGCUAGGGCAUAGAAGAUCGAUGGACUACGACCAGUCUCAAAACUCAGUGAGCAUAGAUGGCAUUGGACUCCAGAGGUUUCAUGUCGACGUAGAUAGCCUCUCCUUUCAGAGCACGAGCUUAAGGUGUUUGGAGUUGAACGAUAGCAGCAUCGAUAUUGACAUCGAAAAUUGGGAAGAUAUACAUGAGGAGUCUAUUAGAGAAAAAGAACUGAACAUGUAAUACAUCUUUCUUCUGUGUGUGCAUGAUGUGUGAAUUUUCUGAAUUGUAAUAUAUUAUCAUUGCUUUAAG